ACUCCAGAAAUUAAUGAUCAUGAGCUCGUAUUUGAUGGAGUCUAACUACAUUGAUCCGAAAUUUCCUCCAUGCGAGGAAUAUUCGCAAAAUAACUACAUCCCUGAGCAUAGUCCAGAAUAUUACAGCCGCGCAAGGGACACUGGCUUCCAGCAUCACCAUCAGGAGUUAUAUCCUCCGCGGGCGAGCUACCAAGAGCGCCAGUAUAACUGUGCAAGCAUCCCUGAACCUGACACGCCAAGGGGACAUGGAGUACCCCAUUCUGCGCACCUGCUGACAGGGAAAGGGCAGCCUGCAUCAUGUGAAACCCCACAGUUGUCCAUGUCCCCCGCCACCCCACCGGCCGCAACCUCCGCCUGCAACCAAGCUACCCCGGAGCAUCCAAACAGCACAGCCUCCUCCAAGCAGCCCGUGGUGUACCCAUGGAUGAAGAAAAUUCACGUCAGCACUGUGAACUCGGGUUACAAUGGGACGGAGCCCAAGCGGUCUAGGACAGCAUACACCCGGCAGCAAGUCUUAGAAUUGGAGAAGGAAUUCCACUAUAACCGAUAUUUAACUCGGCGGAGGCGCAUCGAGAUCGCCCACACCCUGGUUCUCUCCGAGCGACAGAUUAAAAUCUGGUUUCAAAACCGCAGGAUGAAAUGGAAAAAGGAUCACAGGCUCCCGAACACCAAAGUGAGAUCCUCUUCCUCCUCCGGGUCCAACACAAGCUCAGCAGCCGGCGCUGUUGCCGCUGCCUCGGCCACUAACACUGGGGCCCCCGACGAACUCACCGGAGCACAGCAUGGCGAGGAUAUUACCAGGUUAUAAAACCACGAGCCACCAUCGGGGGUAGAAAAGAACUGGUUAUUUAUAGAACAAUUAUAUAUUUUGUUUUCGUAGCUAUCUUGUGCGGUUUCCUUUAAGUCCAAAGUUAUAUAAAAUGCAUGUUAUAUAGCAUGGAUUACUGCGAAUACCGAUGAAUUAUUUUUACGUGACACACAGGGUUUAAUUUAUUUGAAGCUCAAUUAAAAAAUGAUGUUUUUUAUUAAAAAAAAAUGUUUUGAAUGAAGGAAAAAAAGUAGAAAAAAUAUACAUUUUAUCAAAAUGUUAUUGUGGGCCAUUCUUUUUGCCCUGCUGCCCAAGGUGAAAUGCACAAUCUAUUUAUUUCAAACAACACUGGAAGGAAAUCAAUAUAAUAAUAGUUAUUUUUGGUAUAAAGAAAAAAAAAAAGAAGCUGGAACACACCAUUGAUCUUGAACUUGUAUGUUUUGGAUAAUAACAAUGUGUGAAUUACCUCGUGUAUUUCAGAAACAGGAAUUUCUUUUUGAUUUACAAUUUAGUUUUGUGGUGUUGAUGUUGUGUUUAGACCGUUAAAAAGCAGAUUAUUGUGAAAUGCAAUAAACGGAGUGUAGUGUACUUGUGCUAAUCAUAUUGGUCAAUAAAACAGUGAGUGUCUACUAGUUUUAUACACGUUUGGUCGAACUUCAUUUUAGGCAAGAUGAGGUCUGCUAUUGUUUUUGGCUCUUCUGUUUUUUUGACGGGAUCACCUUAUAAAGUGUACAGAUGUGUGAAUACUUGAACAUUUCACGAGGGGAACAAGAAUCACUGUGUUUUCAGACUGUGUUUGUAAGUCCUGCGUCUAUUAGCAAUGUGUACAGACUGUGUGUGUGUGUGUGUGUGUGUGUGUGUGUGUGUGUUAAAGCCUCAUUUAUAAUGGACUGAAGUUAUUUCUAAAAUCUGAAAAUAGUUUGCGCUGUGCAUUAUGUGCAACCUCAUCAGUCUGAAGGGCAUUCAAUUAACGCUAAAGAGAAGCCACUGAGGCCCUCCACUCCAUCUGCACUGCCUCAGCCAGUGCUCCCUCCGUCCUGACUUGAACACAAAGCUGCAUGCGUUUAAAGGACAUUUGCAAUGUGUUAGAGAUUAUACACUGUUGUGGAAAAUAUUCUUAUUCAUUUUGUAACCUACGUAGCCU